UUUCGGAGAAGUGUUUAGAUGUUUGACUAUAAGUUUAUUUACCAUAUUUCAAACUAAUAUUUGUGUAUAAAUAUGAUAAAAACAAAACUUGUGUAAGAUUGAUAAGAACUUGUUAGUAGUUAUAGGAAGCUCGCAGAAGACUUAAGUCAGUCUUGUCAUCUAGUACCUUGCUCUGGACGUGUAAUAAACAUAAAAAUCAGUUGCAUACGUGGUAUAUAUUAAUUCCAUAUUGGUUUCAAGCGGUUAAAGAAGGUUUAAUAAACAGCGAAGGAAACACACUGAUUCAUAUUGACGGUCACUCUGAUAUGGCUGCUCCGGAUGAAUUCAAAGAGCUUAAUAAACUCACUCAAAAUAUAGAACUAUCAUCAGAUCUCCUAUUUAAAAUACCAUCAACAGAAAGUAUACUUCUACCAUUAAUGCAAUCAAAUGACGUAUUUAUAUUAUCUGCCGUUUUAACCGGAUUAAUCAACAGAAUAAUAUGGGUAACACCUGAUUGGCUAAAGCUAAAUUUUUCUUUUAUAAGUAAAAAUUAUAUUGGAUGGUUUGAUUUUAAUGACAAUGAAAGAUCUUAUUGUGCAUGCCAGGCUUUUUUUUUUAAAAAAUACUUAACAAACUAUUCUUGCAUGUAUAUGAACCGUAAUUCUAAAUCACCUGUUAAACUUGAAAUCCCCUCUUCUAAGUGUCAUCAAUUGAAAAACUUUUCUUUUGUAGUUGUAAACGAACUGAAGUUUGAAAAGCUUAAAUUGAACUCUGUAAGUAAGUUUUUUGUUGACAUCGAUGAAGACUUUUUUGGUGUUGAAAGCGGUGUUCAGGCGUUUAUGAAUAAAGGAUUAACGUUAAAGCUGCACAAACACCUCAAUAACCAGCUUUCACAAGUAAUUUGUCCAUUCAGUAUACCAGAAGAAACUUAUGCAGACAAAGCAAUUCGAAACAUGUUUAAAAACAUAGUUAAGAUGAAAAAAAUGGAUUUUUCUGGCGAAUUAAUUUUAUCUGCUUUAAAGCGCGACUUUAUAGAUUUAUCAAACAGAUUUAAUUGCAUGAGUAGUGACGAUUUAAAUAUUAAAAACAAUAUGUUUUCGGUAGACACGAUAGACACGGCAUAUAAAAUAGACACAAUUUUGAAAAACAUAAGUUUUCUUAUAUAUCAAGAAUCAAACUACGAACUUGAAGCGCUAGCGAGUGCAAGAUAUUGUCUUUCAAAUAGCCCAGUCUUAAUGUUUCAACCCAACUUUGGCAUAUGUUCUGGAAAUAUUUACCCUGAUGAUUCCUUAAAUCAGAUUUACGUAGGAUCAAACCAAGAAAUAGAACAACGAGGUAAAAGAUUGACUUCAAUACUAAAAAAAGUAAACUCUAGAGGGAUAUUAAAAUUUGUAUCAGUUGCUCGUUCUCUUAGAGACGGGUACACUCCUAGACACCAACAGAGAACGAUUGAAAAUGUUAUUCAAAAAAGUUUAGAAGAAACAGCAUUAGUUUGCAAUAAAAAAAUAAAAAUUAAGUACGACAAACAUCUUCUUUUCGGAAAAAAAGGAUGGGUUUUAUAGCAAAUUAACUAAUUUAUGAUAAUCUAUAAUUCAAAAAUGAUAAACUAUUUUGAAUAGUUUCCUAACUAUUAGAAGAAAUAAAAAAACAAAAACAAAAAAAACCCUAUUACUUAAAUAAUUUACCUUAUCAAAUAAUAAAUUUUUUUUUGUAAACUUGAUAAUAGUUGUUUUUGAAUUAAAGUUUACUGAAUAUCUAGAAAUUAAAGUUGACUAUUGAGUCUAACUAACUAUCGAGCAAACUUUAAAUAACUAUUGAGCAAACUUUAAAUAACUAUCAUGCAAACUUUAAAUAGCUAUCGAGCAAACUUCAAAAAAUAUUCUAAAGAACUGUUCAAGUAAGUUAAAUCUAUUUCAUUUUUACGACAGUACUCUUUAACAAAUAAGAGAAUUUGUAAGUUACAAUCAAUCAAUCAAUCAAUCAAUCAAUAUAUUUCCACUUAAUAACUGCAUAUAUAUAUACAAUAGUGAGGGACAUUUACAAACAGUUAAAAACUGAUGAUGCGUAAAGACCUACGAUGAUAUAAAACAAUUAUUGUAAAAUUAUAACAAUAAUAAAUAUAACUAUAUUAA